AAGGCAGGGUGACGGGGCAGGUAUUCCACAACACAAAAAUAGGUGUAAAUAAAAGGAGACGUAGGAGACUAACGUUCGCAUACACGUCCUGAGCUGCGGAGACUAGCGACCUGCACCUCCACCACCACCACCACCACCACCACCACUACUACUACUACUACUACUACUACUACGAGUGUAAAUAUGGAUUCCCUUGAAGCUGAACAGAUCGACGCCCUUCGUAAGGCGUUUGACUCCUUCGACACGGAUAAGAAGGGAGCCAUCACGACAGAGACAGUUGGCACCAUCCUGAGAAUGAUGGGCGUCAAGAUCUCAGAGAAGAACUUGCAGGAGGUGAUAGCCGAGACGGAUGAGGAUGGCUCCGGAGAAUUGGAGUUCGAGGAGUUCUGUUCACUGGCCGCUAAGUUCCUGAUUGAAGAGGACGAGGAAGCCUUGAAGGAGGAACUUAGAGAAGCCUUCCGCAUCUACGACAAGGGCGGUGACGGCUACAUCACCACCGGAGUCUUGAAGGAGAUUCUUCGCGAGCUGGACAACAGGCUGACGGAGGAUGACUUGAACAGCAUCAUUGAAGAGGUGGACGAGGAUGGCUCCGGCACCCUCGACUUUGAUGAGUUUAUGGAAAUGAUGUCUGGAUAGAGAAGAAAGGAAGAGGAGGGAGAAGAGGGAACGGAAGGGAAGGAGAUGGAAGAGGAAAGAGGAGGAAAACGAGAAGAGGAGGAGAGGAAAAGAGAUCUGGGUAAAAGAAGAGAAAAGGAAC